AUGGCGAUGAAGCUCAGUGCAUUGGAGAUCCUUCUGAUCAUCUUCUGCCUAAUUGUGUUGGCUGUAGAUAUCCUCUUGCUGCUUCUUGUGUUGGAGAAACCAGAUUCUUCAUUUACUCCAGAGUGCCCAAAGAUUCCUGAUUCAGAAAGGAUAGACUGUGCACCUGGCCAGGAGGUGACAGAGGAUAUCUGUAUAAGCCAACGUAGGUGUUGCUGGAUGCCUGAGGUAGAUGCCAAUGUCCCUAGGUGUGUCUUCCCCAGGAACUGGGGUUAUGAAGUUAGCGAUGUUUAUAAAAAUGAAAGCACAGGGUUUACUGCCCAGUUGAAAAGGUUGCCGUCUCCAACUCUGUUUGGAAAUGAUGUCACCAACACCCUUUUCACAGCUGAAUGUCAGACAUCUAAUAGGUUUCAUUUUAAGAUCACUGAUUUCAAUAACAAGCGCUAUGAAAUCCCCAGUGAAGUUAUUAAGUCACGUAAUGAGACUGCUGAUGCUUCCAAUUUGAGUUAUUACCUAGAAGUCAUUAAUAAACCUUUCAGCAUCAAAAUAAUGAGGACAAGCAACAAAAGAGUCUUGUUGGACACGAGCAUCGGGCCCCUCCAGUUUGCCCAGCAAUAUCUGCAACUGUCUUUCCGACUGCCCAGUGCCAACGUGUAUGGGCUGGGCGAACAUGUGCACCAGCAGUACCGCCAUGAUAUGACCUGGAAGACCUGGCCCAUCUUCACCCGUGAUGCCACUCCCACUGGGGACUUGAUUAAUCUGUAUGGAGCUCAUACGUUCUUCUUGUGCCUUGAAGAUUCCAGUGGCUCCUCUUUCGGAGUUUUUCUGAUGAACAGUAAUGCCAUGGAGGUCACCCUUCAGCCUGCUCCUGCAAUCACUUACCGCACAAUUGGAGGCAUUCUUGACUUUUAUGUAUUCCUGGGAAACACUCCGGAACAAGUGGUUCAGGAAUAUUUGGAGCUUGUUGGACGGCCAUUCUUGCCUUCCUACUGGAGUCUUGGGUUCCAGCUUAGUCGAAGGGAUUAUGGUGGCAUUGAAAAAUUGAAAGAGGUUGCAAACAGAAAUCGUUUAGCACAAAUCCCAUAUGAUGUCCAGUACUCUGACAUAGACUACAUGGAUGGAAAGAAGGACUUCACUGUUGACAAAAGUUACUCUGAUCUCCUAAAUUUUACCAAGGAGUUGCAUAAUAAUGGACAGAAAUAUGUAAUUAUUAUGAAUCCUGGCAUCUUGCCAGACUCUAGCUAUGAGCCCUAUAAAAGUGGAAGUGAAAAAGGAGUAUGGAUCUUGGAGAACAAUGGCUCUGCUGUUGGAGAGGGAUAUCCUGGACUAACAGUCUUUCCUGAUUACAGCAAACCAGUGUGCACUCAGUGGUGGACAGAGCAGAUCACUGCAUUUCAUGAUUGUCUGGAGUUUGAUGGAGUGUGGAUUGAUAUGGAUGAAGUAUCUAGCUUUCUCCAACGUUCUGAUCAAAAGUGUGAAUCAAACAACUUGAACUUUCCUCCUUUUAUUCCUAGAGUUCUGGAUGACUUACUUUUUGCAAGAACUCUCUGCAUGGACACAGAGUUUCACUGGGGCCUUCACUAUGACGUCCACAGCUUAUAUGGCUACUCCAUGGCACGAGCCACAGACUCGGCCCUGAAGACUGUCUUCAGCAAUAAUAGAAGCUUCAUCUUAUCCCGUUCUACUUUUGCUGGAUCUGGCAAAUUUGCUGCUCAUUGGUUGGGGGAUAAUGCGGCCACAUGGGAUGAUCUCCAAUGGUCCAUCCCCAGCAUCCUUGAGUUCAACCUAUUUGGCAUCCCCAUGGUAGGUGCCAACAUCUGUGGUUAUAACCAAAAUGUGACAGAGGAGCUCUGCAGAAGGUGGAUGCAGCUUGGAGCAUUUUAUCCAUUAUCCAGGAACCAUAAUGGCCCUGGGUUCAGGGACCAGGAUCCUGCUGCUUUUGGCGCUGACUCUCCACUGUUGAAUUCCUCCAGACAUUAUCUGAACAUCCGCUACACCUUGCUGCCCUAUCUAUAUACCCUUUUCUACCGCGCUCACACCCGCGGCGAGACGGUAGCAAGGCCCCUCGUACAUGAGUUCUACCAGGACUCAGCCACAUGGGCACUGCACGAGCAGUUCUUGUGGGGACCUGGACUCCUUAUCACCCCUGUCUUACGUGAAGGUGCAGACCAAGUGAAAGCAUACAUACCGGAUGCCAUCUGGUAUGAUUAUGAGACAGGAGAGGCCAUCUCAAGAAGGAAACAAUUCAUGAAUAUGGAACUUCCAGGUGAUAAGAUAGGACUUCACCUUCGAGGGGGCUACAUAUUUCCCACCCAGCAGCCAAACACAACCACAGAGGCCAGCCGUAAAAAUUCCCUGGGACUCAUCAUCGCCUUGGACUAUAAGAGAGAAGCAAGGGGGGAACUGUACUGGGAUAAUGGUGUGUCUAAAGAUGCUAUCACUGAAAAGAACUAUAUUCUGUAUGAUUUCUCUGUUGCCUCUAACCGUCUACAGGCAAACAUUAAAAAUAAUAAUUAUAUGGGCCCUAACCUCACGUUUGCUGAUAUCAGAAUCUUGGGAAUGGACAAGCAACCAACUAAUCUUACUGUUAUUGUCCUAUUGAAUAAUUCUUCCACCUUCAGUCCAAAUCUUGACUACAAUUCUUCCACAAAGGUGGUGACCAUCACUGGUCUCCAGAAACUGAUACUGGGACAAGAAUUCUCUAUUGAGUGGAAUCUUCCAGUCAAUGACCUGGAGAAGUUCAACUGCUACCCUGAGGAUCCCACUGUCUCUGAGGACAGUUGCAGGAAGCGGGGGUGCCUUUGGGAGUACACAACUACUCCUGGUGUGCCUACCUGUUACCAUGACACUAUCCCUUAUUAUGCUGCCAGUAACAUUCAAUACCUGAGCAGUGGCAUCACCACAGACCUCACUCUCCUGGCGGCCCCUGAGAGUGUGCCACCCCCAACUGCAACUGCUGCCUCUGAUUCCCUAUCCGCCAAGAUCAGCUCCCUCCGCCUGAGUGUGAUCUACCACACAGCAAACAUGCUGCAGAUCAAGAUCUAUGAUCCCACUAAUAAAAGGUAUGAGGUCCCAGUACCUUUGAACACCCCUCCCUCGCCAGUUAGCAACACUGAAAACUGCCUAUAUGAUGUUGAGAUUCUGAACAAUCCUUUUGGAAUCCAGAUUCAUCGCAGAAAGUCCAAGACUUUAAUUUGGGAUUCUCAACUCCCUGGCUUCACCUUCAACGACAUGUUCCUCUCCAUUUCUACUCGCCUCCCCUCUCAGUACAUCUAUGGCUUUGGAGAAACUGAGCACACAGCUUUUAGAAGAAACAUGAGCUGGAACACGUGGGGAAUGUUUGCUCGCGAUGAGCCACCAGCAUACAAGAAGAAUUCUUAUGGUGUCCACCCUUACUACAUGGCACUGGAGAAGGAUGGCAGUGCCCAUGGAGUGCUCCUGAUGAACAGCAAUGCCAUGGAUAUAACAUUACAGCCCACUCCUGCCCUGACGUACCGUACCACAGGAGGGAUUUUGGACUUUUAUAUGCUUUUGGGGCCAACUCCUGAACUUGUGACUCAACAAUACACUGAGUUGAUUGGUCGGCCAGCAAUGAUUCCUUACUGGGCCUUGGGAUUCCAGCUGGGUCGCUAUGGAUACAAGAAUGAUACUGAAAUCUCCAAUUUGUAUGAUGCAAUGGUGGAAGCCCAGAUCCCCUAUGACGUCCAACAUGUAGACAUCGAUUAUAUGAACAGAAAACUGGACUUCACCCUCAGCCCCAGCUUUCAAAACCUUGGUCUCCUGAUUGAGCAAAUGAAGGCAAAUGGCAUGAGAUUUAUUCUCAUUCUGGACCCAGCCAUUUCUGGUAAUGAGACACAAUAUCUCCCAUUCACUAGAGGACAGGAAAGUGAUGUGUUCAUCAAAUGGCCUGACACUAAUGACAUUGUCUGGGGAAAGGUUUGGCCAGACCUGCCCAAUGUAAACGUAAAUGGAUCCCUUGACCAUGAGACUCAGGUUAAGAUGUACAAGGCCUACGUUGCUUUUCCUGACUUCUUUCGUAAAAGCACAGUGGCAUGGUGGAAGAAGGAGAUACAAGAGCUCUACAUAAACCCUCGAGAGCCAGCAAAGAGCUUGAAGUUUGAUGGAUUGUGGAUUGAUAUGAAUGAGCCGUCAAACUUUGUGGAUGGAUCUGUCAAGAACUGCAACAGUGAAAGUCUAAAUAAACCUCCCUAUAUGCCAGAUUUGGAGUCCAGAGAGAAAGGCCUAAGCAGCAAGACCCUGUGCAUGGAGAGUCAGCAGGUUCUGCCAGACGGUUCCAUGGUGUGGCACUACAACGUGCACAGCCUGUAUGGGUGGUCCCAGACCAGGCCCACAUAUGAAGCCGUACAGGAGGUGACAGGGCAGCGAGGGAUCAUCAUCACACGCUCCACUUUUCCUUCUUCUGGCCAUUGGGGAGGACACUGGCUGGGAGACAACAUGGCUGCCUGGGACCAGCUGGGAAAAUCUAUCAUUGGCAUGAUGGAAUUCAGCCUCUUUGGAAUACCUUAUACAGGCGCAGAUAUUUGUGGGUUCUUUGGAGAUGCUGAAUAUGAGAUGUGUGUUCGCUGGAUGCAGCUGGGGGCCUUUUAUCCAUUUUCCAGAAACCACAACAACAUCGGGACAAGGAGACAAGAUCCUGUGGCUUGGAAUUCAACCUUUGAGAUGAUCUCCAGAAAAGUUCUCCAAACCAGAUACACACUGCUGCCUUAUCUCUAUACUCUAAUGCAUGAAGCUCAUGUAAAGGGCAGCACUGUCGUGCGGUCUCUUCUCCAUGAGUUUACAGAUGACAAAACAACAUGGGAUAUAUACAAUCAGUUCAUGCUAGGUCCUGCCAUCUUAAUCAGCCCUGUGCUGAAAAGUAACACUUUUGAGAUCGAAGCUUAUUUUCCCAGAGCCCGUUGGUACAACUACAACACGGAAUCUGGCAAAAAUUCCACAGGUGAGUGGAAACGCUUGGAGGCUCCCCUUGACCACAUCAACCUUCAUGUAAGAGGAGGCUACAUCUUGCCUUGGCAAGAGCCUGCAAUGAACACUCACUUCAGUCGACAAAACUUUAUGGGGUUGACUGUUGCUUUGGAUGACAACGGAGAAGCUGAAGGUCAGAUGUUCUGGGAUGAUGGACAAAGCAUCAAUACCUAUGAAAAUGGAAACUAUUUCUUGGCAACCUUUACAGUAACUCAGAAUGUCUUGCAAAUCCAGACCAUACACAAUGAGUAUUUGAGUAACUCAAAUCCACUGAAAGUUGGAUAUAUUAAAAUCUGGGGUAUGAUCUCUACUUAUGUGACACAAGUCAAUGUCACCUAUAACAACCAGCAGUUUAUAGAGACAAAUUUCAAGAGUGAUCCUUAUAAUCAGACACUAACUAUUCAAUUGAUUGACAAGAUUAUCAGCCUGCAAAAUUUAAGUGAGAUUACUUGGAUUCAUGGUGAUCCCAUAGUUCCUACUCCAACCUUGACAAGUGCCUUCCCAAUGAGUUCAUAUCCUUCUCCAACUACUACUAAGGCUACUAAUUCGGAGACUAUUAGUACUACUGUUCCUCAUACAACUAGACCCUCCCCUACAAGUACUGCUACUAUCCCUAGCACAACUAUUCCUUCCCCAAGUAGUGUUGAUGUUACAAUUAGUCCUACUGUUCCUGAUACAACUACACCUUCCCCUACAAGUACUACUACUGCUACCCCUAGUGCUACUAUUCCUAGCACAACCACUCCUUCCCCAACAAGUACUAUAAAUGUUGUGACUAGUACUACUGUUCCAAAUACAACUAUACCUUCCCCUACAAGUACUACUACUGCUAGUACUACUGCUACUAUUCCUAGCACAACUACUGUUUUUCCAACCAUUCCUCCAAUAAGUACUACUGAUUUUACAACUCUUAUUACUCUUUCUGAUACAGCUACUCCUUCUCCUACAAGUACCACUACUGCUAACACUAGUGCUACUCGUCCUAUCAUGAACACUCUUUCCCCAACAAGUACUACUGAUUUUACAACUCUUACUACUCUUUCUGAUAGAACUACUCCUUUCCCUAUAAGUACCACUACUGCUAGUAUUAGUGCUACUCUUCCUAUCAUAAACACCCCUUCCACAACAAGUGCUAUUGAUUUUACAGUUAGUACUGCUGUUCCUGGUACAACUACUCCAUUUCCUAUGAGUACAACUACUGCUAGCACCAGUGCUACUGUUCCCAAUAUAACCACACUUUUCCCAUCAAGUACUUCUGAUGCUAUAAUUCGUACUUCUGUUCCUGAUAGAACUAUGCUUUCUUCUACAAGUCUUACUACUACUAGUACUACUGCUACUAUUCUUAUUUCAAGUACUUUUCUGACCAGUACUACUGAUACUAGUAUUAGUACCAUGACACCUUCUCUAACAAGUACUACUCAUGAUAGUGCUAAUACUACUAUUUUUAAUAUAACUACUCAUUUUCCAGCAAAUACUACUAAUGCCAACACUAGUACUAAUGUUUCUAUUGCGACCACUCCCUUUUAUACAAGUACUGAUGAUACUACUACUAUACCUAUACCUAAUACUGUUGCAAUUACAACUGUUUCUUCUUUUACAAAUACUGGUGGUGAUACUACUAGCAAUAAUUUUUCUAUUGUAGCUACUUCUUUCUCAGAAAUUACUAAUACUAUGAAUACUACUUUAGUUAUGGUAAAUACUCCUACAAGUACAAAUGUUGCUGGCACUACUAAUGAUGCUUCUAUUACAAAUUCUCUUUCACCUACAAUGUCUGAUGAUGAUAGCACCAGUAAUAGUAUCUCUAUUAUGAGUACUCCUUCUCCUACAGAUAAUAGUCUUCCUGGUGUGACUAAUUCUUUUUUUACAAGUAUGGGUGAUGCUAGUACUGGUAAUAUUAUUCCUAUUGUGACAACAACUUCUGCAAAUACUGAUGCUAUUAGUACAAGUAGUACUAUUCCUGCCAUGACCACUUAUUACCAAACUCUUUCUACGACCCCUACCCCUACUCUUACUGCUAUCCCUAACUCUACUACUCCUAUUUUGAGUAUGUUUCCAACAAACAGUACAUUCACUACUGGUAUAAUUACUAAUUAUACUACCCCUACUAAUAUAAACACCACUAAUUCCAACAAUCUCGAUACAAAAAGUACCAUGAUAAUAGAUGCUACAGUUAUAACUAGCACCAAAGAUAAUACCAUAAGUCCAAGUACAACAGUUAAUUCAACAGACACAUUUACUGCACACAACACACAGUUCACCACUCUUUAUUCUGCUGCUACUACUACAAUACCAGCCUUAAAUAGGACAACAUUAAUUCCUACAAGUUUUCCUAAUCCAGACACUACUGAUAUUACUGAUGUGGAUACUUCUAGCAGUGUUAUAGGUAAUACUACUCACAUUUCUAUUCCAAAUGUCACAGUAGUCUCAGACACAAUAACAACUGCUGGCCUAGAUGCAGAAACUCACCAUAUAGUAACAACAAAUUCUAUGACUAGUUAUUUUCCUAUUUCUGCAACCAGUGCUACUACAGAUAUUACAAAUAUUACUGCAGAUGCUUUAAAUACUACCGCUUCUGAUAGAACAACAAUAGAUAUAGAUGCUACUGCAUCUACCAAUAUUGCAAAUGCCAUAAAUGCUACUCUAGUUCCAUGA